CGACCCACACCUCACGAUCAAUUCAUUUUCAGUCAUCGUUUAUCCAAAAGAGAAUUCCAACGCCAAGAUAGAGUUUUCGUAGGAGCAUCCUCUGGCUGAGCGAUCGGAAAAGCACCCUCUCUGGAUUUACGCAGUCACGCGAGCUCGACAGCAACGAGAGCGGCAGGACUACCAGCUCGCAAUCAUACACGCGGGCAUCAGGUGUAAUCUCGCACCUAGGGCACAUCUAUUUAUCAAUCCUGUGCCUUGGCUUCAGCAGGCACGCAAGGUCAGAGCAAGAUACCGGUUCCAGCUAGACCAGCAACGCAGAGAGCAAGCUGAAGCACUAAGACAAGAGGAGAGGGAGUAUCAAGCUGCAUUCGAGAGAGAAUACCUCAUCGACCUUGCAGAGACUUGCGCAAUCAUGGCAGCCAGUGCUGCGCGUGGCAAAAAGGCCCUGGAAGCUGGAAAGUAUGAAGAAGCUAUCAAGGACUAUACUGCCGCGAUCGACGAAUCCCCAACUUCGCCAGACUUCUACAUCCAACGCUCCAUGGCCUAUCAGAGAGCGGGAAACUUCGACGCGGCUCUUGCGGAUGCCGAGCAGGGAGUACUGAACGCAGUGGAACGUGCGAGGAAAGAGCUCAUAACAGAAGCUCAAUUUCGUCGUGGAGUAGCGCUCUACAAACUCGGGCGCCUCGGCGACGCUCAGUUCAUCCUCGAUCUGGUCAAGCAGCGUGAUGAGAAGCACAAGCAAGCCGAAAUGUGGAUUAACAAGACCAAGAUGGAUCUGGCCAAGCUCGACCAACACGACGACAAGCGGAAGCUUACCAUUGCUGAAAUACCUAGCAAGCCAGCAGCAAGACCGGCUGGCCUACCCGUACCUCCUGCAGCCGCUGUCGCACCCCAGCAGACGCCAGCAGACAAAAUUCGCUACGACUGGUAUCAGAAUACGGAGAACAUCUACUUCACCCUUAUGGCAAAGGGUGUCCCAAAAAAUCAAUGUGUCGUUCAUUUUGAGGAGCGCUCCUUCAGUGUGACCUUCCCUACAGGCUCGAAUUCAAGCUAUGACCUUCAUAUUGAGCCACUGUUCGCACCAGUCGAUCCAGAGAGGUGCAUAACGCGUGUCCUCCCUAGCAAGGUCGAAAUCAUUCUCACCAAAGCACAGCCCGGUGUUAAAUGGCGGAAGCUGGAAAGCGAUGAGCCACAAAAGGACGCUCCUAAGGCUGACAGUGUCGCUGGUGGCGAUAAUAACGCCGACGAUGCAGUUAGGCACGCAGUCUUGUCGGAACCUCCGAAGGGCCCUUCGUACCCGACCUCGUCAAAGAGAGGACCGAAAGACUGGGACAAGGUUGCGAAAGAGGCGAUGCCGAAGAGUGAGAAGCCUGGCGCGGUCGAAGAUGAUGACGACUAUGAAGGCGGAGACGAGGCCAACCACUUCUUCAAGAAGCUCUUCAAGGGAGCCAGUCCGGAGGCACAGCGUGCCAUGAUGAAGUCAUACACCGAGUCCAACGGCACUGCGCUGUCCACUAACUGGGAAGAAGUGUCCAAAGGCCCAGUCGAGACUACUCCGCCCGAUGGUAUGGAGGCCAAGCCGUGGAAGUAGGAGCAACACGAAGGCGGAGUACCAAUCGGCAACGAACAGCCUUCUGAAGGCAUCGAAGAAAUGCUUCGGAUGGGGUUGAACGCGUGUUGUGAGGAAGGCAAGGACGGCAAAAAUAAUUGCAUUUGGCACGAAGUCGAUGCAGACAUGGAGUCUGAAUGAGAAUAAGGAGCGUUCUAGCAUGGCGUAAGGGUCGGGAAAUAUCGGUCGGUCAUUCACAGUAAUGACAUUCAUUUUCAUGAUGCAGGUAGAAGCACGUAUUUCAGUCCAGUGGGAAGCCGAG